AUGGGGAUAGCAGCUGCACUAGGACUGCUUUCACCUUUCCCAUUCUACUAUUGGCUAUGGACUUACCCACAAACAUGGGUUGACCUGUGUGGGAAAGGGCGUGACCCAUGCACAGUGAUGGCUUAUGUGUCUCAUUUCCUCAAGCUGAUUCAGUUCCUCUCUCUCUUCUCAGUCUCCACCUUCACUUGGCCUCCCCUUCUUUACUUCUGGCCCCUCAUUGCCUUCGGCCAGUUCCUCAACUUCAGGGUCUAUCAGUUGCUCGGCGAAUCUGGUACUUAUUAUGGAGUACGUUUUGGGAAGAACAUUCCCUGGGUGACAGAAUUUCCAUUUGGUUACAUAAAAGAUCCUCAGUAUGUGGGAAGUAUUUUAAGUCUUCUCGCAUGCCUGUGGUGGGUACCAUUUCGAUACAUUUUGUUGUGGACGUUGGGCUAUGUUGUAAUGAUACUAGUGGAGUCAAAGGAAGAUCCUACAACUCGUGCAAAGCCAACAUCAUAA